UUGGAAACAGAUGCAUGCCUCCAGUCGCUAAUAGCAGCGAGUAUUGAACGUUCAACUUUGUUUCGCAUUGCGGGCUUACUGAAAUAUUCUACGAUGGACUAACAGCGAUUAGCACACUAAUGGAGCUUUGGGAUGAGAAGAAAAGAGCCCUAAGGGCACUGGACUACUUUAAAUUUCUCGACAAUGAUCAAAUCGUUACUGCUUGCAGAAUCGGGACUAUCAAGCAAUAUGAACCAUUGGAGACAAUAUAUUAUGAGGAUAAAGGCACCAUAACAAACGUCCAAUUUGUGCUUAGUGGAGAAUGUCUUUUACUUCAAUGCCUAAAUAUGACGGUCACUUUAAAAAAUGGAAAAAAGAUUUUUCAUCUAAUAGAUGAACCUGAGGAAGGUAUUUCUUUCAUGAAUACUAUGAAAACACCAACAAACACCAGUCAGCUGACUAGUAAAUGUUCUCUAAAUAAAAAUGUAGGAGACAUUUUUGAUAGUUACAAUUCUGAUAUAGUGGAACAAAAAACUAACAAAUCACUCAAGCCUGUGCUUAAAAAAUAUGAAAGCCAUUUUAUUGAUGUUGGAAAACUUACAUUUGGAGCAAUAAUUGGAUUGGGAGAGAACAUGAAGCUUCGUGUAAUAAUGGCGCGAACCAGAGUUCAGUGUUUAGUGCUUCCUAGAUCUUUCUUAUUGGAAAACAACCAAAACCCAGGAAACAUUUGGCAGCGUCGAUUGUUUUAUCUAGAUUGUACUAUCCCAUCAAGGGAAUCUAUAUUUUCCCACUUUCUCAAAUGUCGUGAAUGGAAACAAUUUAAAUACAAUAUUAUUCAAAAAGAUUUGAGUUCGUUUGUAAGUGAUAAAUCUCGCUAUGAUGAUAUACCAAUUAUAUGUCGUAUUGUGGAAGUAAAUGAAGAUGACUCAAAUAUUCAACUAACUAAAUAAAGGCCGGAUCGACCAUUAAUACAUAUAUACUUUAUGUGGUCGAAAAAGCCUCGUACAAUAUGUUACAAAUCUAAAAUCAACUCCCA